AUGAGGAGUGUGGAUGCGUUUGAGGCUGUUUUUGCUCUACUUAUCUAUGGAUUGUUCCUCUUUCCUAGUUUUGAUGACUUCCUUGCCAUGGAUGCCAUGAAGAUCUUCUUAAUAGGAAAUUCAGUUCCUACUUUGCUUGUCGAUGUCUAUCAUUUUGUUCAUCUGAGGAAUUAUUAUAGCAGAGGAAUGAUUACAUGUGGUGUGCGUAUGUUGUACAAGUGGUUUAUUUCUCACUUGCCUAGGUCUUGUGUUUUUUGGGAUCUUAAGGAUGGUUUUUUCUUGUCGCAGAAGAUUAUGUCGCUCACACAUUCAGAUAUUGUUUGGUAUAGUCGUGACUAUGAUAGAGUUAAUAUCAUUGAUAGUUGUGGAGGAUUUUCUAAUGUACCUCUUCUUGGCACAAAAGGAGGCAUCAGUUACAACCCAAACCUAGCUCGUCAUCAACUCAAUUAUCCAAUGAAAGAUAAGCCAAAGAAUAUUCACUUGGAGGGUUUGUUCUUUAAGGAAGGUGAAGAUUGCAAAGUGCUCAAAGAGAAUAUUGUGCAUGCUUGGCGCCAUGUUCAUAAGCCAGAAAGGAAAGUUUUAGGGAAUACAAAUUGUGUCUCCUUAGAACCUUGUCUUAAAUGGGUGCAAGAUAGAGCCAUCAACUUGAAAAUUCCUUAUUCUCGCCAAAAGCCUUUGCCUUUAGUUGACAAAGAACCUACCUAUAUCUUCAUGACUGAUGCAGAGAAGUUAAAUAUUGUUUUGACCAAAGCGCAACGAGAAAAGGGACACUUGGAAGAACAAGUAUCAAGUCAUUAA